CACACACGUCUCUGGCUUGGGUUCUGCGCAACCACUGUGCAUGUGUGUGUGUGUGUGCGCGUGCGUGUGAAUAGAGCAUCCACCCGCGGUUUGAAGGAUAUCUCCUCAGGAACCUCUUUUAUGGAUCAUAUGGGGAUUCUCAGAACCGCAGUUUUUCUCUUAGCAGCCGUGGGAGUGGGAUGUCGGCCUGCAAAGUCGCCUCUUAAUGAUGCAAAGGUGGAAUGUAUUAUUCAGGAGACGCUGAAUGGAGAAGGGUCGCAACAUGGGUGUGGCCCUCAGCUAGCAGCUGAACUUGAUGAAGUACAAAGACACCAGGGUCUCCUGAGGGAGCUGCAAAGGCUCGCUGAUGAAGAGAGAGAUGAAGCGAGGGAGAGGUACGAGUCCACUCUGCUUGAUGAAGAUAGAGACGUGGAACAGAUGGACGAGGAAAACGAUGGAGCCAAAACAACCGAGGAAGACGAGGCCAAGAAUCGGGAAAUGGAGGAGCCAAGGAUUGACGAUACAGGGAUUCACGAUGAAGAAGAGAGAGCGAAGGAGCUUGAGGAGCUUCUGGAUGAAGAAAUCAGCAAGAAGGACAAGGAGGAGAGAAAUGACGAGGAGCUGAAAGAGCUGCUGAGGGAGUUGAAGAAGAAGCGUUAUGAGAUGAAGGAACUGGGGAGCCACAAAGGCUCUGAAAGUGGUCCAAAGCAGGAAGACAGGAAGCAAGAGAUGGCAGGAGACAAAGAGCAAGUUCAGGAGCAGAUGGACCAGAGGAGGAACGAGGUGGAGCUGAGUGUUGAGAAAGAGAAGGUGGAGAAAGAGCUGAAGGAGUUGAAGUCGAAGAACAAGCCAGAAGAGGAGAAGGAACGGAAGGAGAAGCAGGAAGAGCUGGAUGAACUGGUCAAGAAGAUGGAGCGAGUGCAAGAGGAGGCGCAAGCGGAGAAGAGAGAUGAUGCUGAGCAGGACGUGAAGGAUGAAGGAGCUAAGGAGCUUCCAGAGAACGAAGUGAAAAGCAACCAGCAAGUCGUGGAAGUGAAGGAUCCACAGCAGAAGAGGGUGAUGGAGAAAGCCAGCGAUGAGGCCACUCGCCAGUUUGAGCGGGAAAGAUUAAAGGAUGAAGAGGAGGAGAAUCGGAACCAGGAGGAAGAGGAUGACGAGGAUGAGUACAUCAGAGAAGAUGAAGACCACCGGGAGGAGGAUGACGAUGAUGAUGAAGAAGACUUGGACGAUGAUCAAGGGGAGGAGCUGCUGGAAAUCGAAGCACAGUUACGUGAAGUUGCUGCAGAGCUGAGGGAGCUACGCAGAGGAUGAAACGCACCCACACACACCCACACCCACACACACACACUCCCACACACACACACACACACACACACACACACACACACACACACAGGGUAGUAGACUGACAAAACCCAUUAUUGCAUUCUGGUUUUAACCCAUCGACAUCACUCUGUGUUUUCUACCUAAUGUCAAAUUGGAAUGGAAAGUGUUUUCUAGAUUCUGAUUUUACUUCAUUCUCGGGGGUUGUAUGAUUGACAGGUGAAUUAAGUGCUAACUGCCACAGAUGCAAAGCAUUCAGCACUUUUCUUUCAAUUUGUAUGUCAUGUCUCUGAUUCCCCGUGUCAAUAUCUAUGAUGUGCAAUAACCGAUAGCUACACGUGAACUAUAAUGACUGUUAUGUAUCACUCAGAUUUCUAUCAUGUCAUCAUUAGAGACGAGGAAUGUGCUUCAUUCGGCUCCUGCACUGUUAAAAUCAGACUGUUGACGACAUUCGAGGGUGACACAAAUGGCGUGUAGAACCGAUGGACUCGGAGCUUACGAGGUUUCAAAGUGUCACUUCAGGUUGAGGCAGCUUUGCACUCUUAUAACAAGCCAAGGAUGAGGCCCGGGGGGGGGGGGGGGCGCACUAAAGCCAUUUUCCUGUCUUAUACGGUAACACAAACGCUGACAACAAUGCGUCACAUCCCAGUGCAGUGCUUGCUGUCUUGACAUUGUACAAUGUGAAUAUCUUUGCGCCAAGGUCAUACGAAAUACAACACAACAGCGCCCCCAAGAGGACUUUGCUUACAUUGCACACAACGAACAGGGUCACCAACAGAGAAACUGCAAUAGCACAACGUAGAAUGCAAUAAUAUAUCAUAAUCAUAACGCAAGCAUAUAUAUAUAUAUAUAUAUAUAUAUAUAUAUAUAUAGCAGGUAUUUUAAUAAGUCAUUAAAGUGCGCUGCUAGUGAUAAUCGUAGUAUCAUCCAUUCCAAAGAUGACAUAUUUCAUCAUAUCACAAUAUUACAACAAUAUACAUGUUUUGUAUUGAAGUGCAAAGUGUAUCCUAAAAACCAGCAAGAUAGAAGAAAAACAUUUCAAAUCUGUACUAAAAUAUAAUAAAUGAUAACAAAUAUUUGUAAUAUUACUGGUCACUGAAUGUACUGUGUUUUGUGUCUUCUAUGCUACCUGUCAAUCAAUAAAGGUAUAUG